UUUGCCAGGCAUGGCGGCAACGCAAUAUCCUCCGUGCGCCGUCUUCUCUUCAUCGACGAAUCGAUGCCGCCGAGCUGGAGGAGGGAAGAGGAGGAUUGCGAGGAUCAAUGUGGCCGCCGCGCUUGCGUAUGGCGAUUGGAGCGGUGCGUUGCCAGGUGAAUUGCCCGGCUCUUCGUCCGCGAGGCUGGAUUCCAUCAGCGAUUUCACUCGCUUCUUGGACAAGGGGGAUCAAGGCGCGGAGCUUCAGACAGCGAUUGUGAGCUAUGCUGCGCCCAAGAAGAAUAUGUGGUCACUGUUCCAGCCUCAAGUCCAGUACACAUUGCUGAUAAAGAGUAAGCGCUGGAACUCUAGCAGCGCUAGUGACAUUGGUCUCAAUUUUUUUCGUUCCAGGUAUUUUCGUGCUCUCCAAAAUGAAUUGGAUGCUUACGACGCGGUUCUAUAUGAGAUGGUAGCGGAGAAAGGAAAGAACUGGAAAGGCCGUGGAAGAUGGAAGCCUCCAAAUCGCAAGUCACAAGGCAAGAAUAGUAGGAAAAAUCGGAGCUUUAGUUUCGUUGGCGCGAUCCAGCGUCUCAUGGCUCAAGUUCUCAGCUUGGAUUUUCAGCUGGAAUGCAUGGACUACCAAAAUGAUAACUGGUACCAUGCAGACCUCGACUUUGAAACUUUCCAAGAUCUCCAGCGUAGGAAAGGAGAGAGCCUCUUUGGAUUUGCAACUGAAAUGACAAAGAUCUCGACGGCUGCUCUCUCGGCAGCUGCUCUCGCGCGAACCGACUUGGAUCAAUGGCGAGGGAAGCUUUUGUGGGCUUCUCGAGUCUUUCCAAUGCCGCUGCUGGGACUAUUCGUGAUCGAGGGAGUCUGUGCUCCACCAGACGCACCUCUCUCAAGCUCUCCAGAAAUGAAGGCCUUGUUCAACUUGGAGCUUGCAGCGGCAACAAAACUCUUCCUCGCAAAGCAGCUAUCCACCGACUUAACAGAAGGAGCGUUCUCGUUGCUCAAGGACUCGGUGAUAAUCGGUGAAAGGAACAGCGUUGCGAUGAGAGAGCUGGAAGCUGCCAUAGCCGAAGGCUGCGAGAAGAUAGCCAUCUUCUACGGCAGUGGACAUCUCCCCGACAUGGAUUCUCGCCUGCGAAGCUUGGGCUUCUUUCCACAGAGAUUAAAGUGGCAGACUGCCUGGUCGAUCCAAUCUACGGCGAGAAGAUCAAGCUCCGAGAAGAAUGACAACGUGUUCUCUCUAGCAACUCUUACGAAGAUCACAAACUGGCCGCUCAAUCGAUACGAAACGCUAGCGCUCAUCCUCUUCUCGUCAGUGUUGGCUGUGGAUCUUUGGUUCUGGGAGGCGUGCUUGGAAACGAUAAACGAGUCGGGCAACCAUCUCCUCCAGUUGAUAGCUGCGUCCGUACAGAUAUAAGUGAACUUUACAGUCACGAGGAUCAAAGAAUAUGCUCUAGAAGAUAGUGCGAAUAUGCUCAAGGGCUUUGUAGGGUU